AUGUCUCAAUCAUGUUCUAUAAUCAAUUGCACCCGAACAUCACGUGGAUUGUGCGAUUGCUGUCAACAAUACCUUUGCUUACAACAUUUAACGGAACAUAAUGAUUUACUCAUUUCUCAACUGAACCCUUUAACCGAUGAAAUUAAUACGCUUGCUGAUCGGCUUAGCAGACUAAACGUUCAAAAAAUAAUUGCGGAUAGUCGUCAAAAACUUGAACAAUGGCGUGAAGAUUGUUAUAAGAAGAUUGAUUGUUUAUUUGAACAAAAAUGUCAAGAACUUAAUCAACUUAUUAAUGAAAAAAUUGGCCAACAACGAGAAGAACUCAAUCGAAUACAUUUGAAGAUAACUGAAUUGAUCAAUGCCCAAGAAACAACUCGUCAAGAUAUAGAUUUAUUGACGUCAACUAUUCAUCAAUUCUCAACAAAUAUGAACAAUAUUGAACAAACAUGUUUUACAAUUAAUAUUCGUUCAUUACUAAUAGAUGACACGCUUGUUUGUAUUAAGGAAACGACUGAAAAAGAGCUUGAUCUAUCAAUUCUUUCACCUGUAUAA